CUUCAACUUGGAACAGAUAAGCAAGAUGCCUAAUUCCGUCGGAGGCAGACCAGUUACGCGCUCAUUGUUUGCCGUACAAAAGGAAGCUACCUUCCGCGACCCGAUUAAAAUCGAUGGCCAGGAGAUUAAUAUUGCCGAGAUCACUGCUGGCGCUGCAAAUACUGGCGCUGCCUAUCACACCGAUGCCACUAAAAUCUUCAAAACGUACGAAGACUUAACCACCACCGCAGCUAUUGACAAAGAUGCCACUACCGCCGUUGCUAUUAACGGAGAUGUCACCACCGCCGCUGUUAUUACUAAAGAAUCCACCGCCGCCACUGAAGUUAGCAAAGAUGCCACUACCGCCGCUACCAACAAAGACGCCACUAAAACCGUAAAUUCGCACUCCAUCGCCGCUGCUACCGCUGUGAACAACGACGCUGACAGCAAAACCGCAGCCGCUACUAACAUUAAUGUGGUCGAACAUACCCUCGACCCAAGCAAGAAACUCGAGAUCAGCGAAACUGACUUAGAUCGCAAAAUAGCAAUCCUACAAAAGGAACAAGAAUUACUGCUGCUGCAAAAGUCCGUUGCCAAUUUGAGGCGCGAGUGCCAAGAAACAAAUUACGAUAGCGCCGUCGGGUCCAUCUGGUCCAACAUGUCAAGCCGUCUGACCUUUCGUGACAUUGAGCAUACCAUUACGAAAUUUGAUGGUGAGAACAGAGCAUACAGUGUGCAUGACUUCAUACGCAACUGCGAAAGAGUCGUGCAGAUGGUGAACGCUGAUGACAUCUUUAGGUAUACGUGUCUGUGCAACACCAUCACCGGAGACGCGAAGCUAUUGCUAACCAGAGAUGUGCUUUUGAUCACCGAAUUCGGUCGAGUGGUGAGCCGCAACGAAGUCUACAAGGCGUUGGCUAACCAUAAAUGGGACAAAGAGUGCAGCGUUCGGCGAUACGUUUUGGAGAUGGAAAACAUCGCUGCCCGAUGCGACUAUGUCGAUGAAUUCGAGCUGAUCAACUUUAUUGUAGAAGGAUUGCAAGACAACUCGCCCGAGGCCUAUCUACUAAUGAAUGCCCGAACAAUGAAAGAUUUUAAGGAGUCGUUGGAUUUGUAUGAACGACGCCGCUCUUGUCGGCUAUAUAACCGAGAGGCUGCUACCAAAUCAAAGCCAACAAAGUCAAGCACGCCCAAACCUGAAGAAGCCGAAGUCGCCGAGGUACGGUGCUUCAACUGCACUCGCAUGGGGCACUUCCAAAGCAAAUGCCAUACGAGAAAAGGCCUGAUGGAAGCUGCUUUCGUUGCUGGAAGAUGGGCCAUGACCACCGAAUCUGCACCUAUCCGAAGAAGAAUCUAGCACUAAAGAAGAGCAGAGCCGCAGUAAUCGACAACAGGGAUGAAGACUAUUGUUACCAACAGUUGGGGUCUAUGAAUAUGUCCGGUUAGCUUUAUUCGGAGGUCCGCCGUGCCAGUUCAGGUUGACGGAACCGCUGCAAAAUCAAUUUAUCGAGGUUUAGGAAGUUAUAGAUUGCUAACAUAUGGAAAAAUAAAAACUGAAAUAAAGUUCAAAAAUAAAAUAAAAUCUCUUGUUUUGAAUAUUGUGCCUGAUGAUACAAUGACAAUUCCGCUAAUUUUGGGUCGAGACUUUCUAAGAGAAUUUAACAUUCACUUGUGCUCACUGAGCAAUACAACAAACAUGAACUUCAUAAAGCAUUCAAACGAAGCAAAAGAUAAUUUGCUAUAUGGAAAAUCGUAUUUCUGUGCGCUUAACUUGAAUGGUACUGCUAGUGUUCAGGGUAAAAAGGGUUAUUCAGAACCAUACGAUAAUGGACAUUAGAACAAGAUAGACUAUGUGAAUGAAUCAAAAGCUGACGCGAUGUCUCAGGGGUCCUGUAGCGAAGGCCUAUGCCCCUUCGAUAAAUUUUUUGAUGAGGUUAACUCAGGAGAACUAAGUGCUUGCGUAACUGAGGUAAACAUAAACCAGGGAUUAGAAGCAAAGGAUAUCGACACCUUAGAAAAAACUUUCGAGUGUAACUAUUUGAAAUCAGAAGAUAUCAAA